AUGCCGCCGAAGACAGGACGAGGACGUAAAACGAUUGGGGUCCCCCGAACACAACCUCGAGAUGACGGAGGUGCAGGUCCGUCUAAUGCUGCUGCUACUGCAUCACCUGCCACUCGGGGGCGGCCCAAGUCCCGCGGAGGAACAAGGGGGGGCAAGCGACCAGCCGGCGCCCCGAGGCCGUCAGACGUACAACCUGGGGACCCUACCCCUCAAGGUCGCCGGCACCGGUACAAGCCGGGAACCGUCGCAUUGAAAGAGAUCCGCAAAUACCAGCGCUCAUAUGACCUCCUUAUUCAGAAGCUACCGUUUGCGCGACUCGUACGCGAGGUCGCAUUGGAACUUCUCCCCGCUGAAGUAGGCGCGGAGUUACGAUGGCAGUCACACGCAAUUCAGGCGCUACAGGAGGCCGCAGAAGCGUUCCUCGUCCAUCUUUUCGAGGAUACCAACCUCUGCGCUUUGCAUGCUAAGCGUGUAACGAUUAUGCAGAAAGAUAUUCAGCUCGCCCGAAGAAUACGCGGUGUUUGGGGCGGUCUAGGUUGA